CUUGCAUGCAAGUAAUGUGGAGAUGUUUUCUUGAAUCAUCCAAAGCGUUUUCAUAUAAAAUGUCCUCUGAAAACCGCCAGCGAACGGAACACGGAGCUCAAGAAGAGCAUGCACAAAAAGAGGAGCUGAAAAAGAAGAUAAAAGAGCAAAAGAUUGUCGUUGACGAGUUGAGCACUUUGAAGAAAAACAGGACAGUGUACACCCAGCAGCCCAACAGCAAUAUAUUCUUCCUGGCAGACAAAGGAGAGACCCUUAGUGCUUGUAAAGAGGAUCUGGAUAAUAUGAGAAAAGAAUAUCAAGAUAUAUAGUGCCUUGAGAUCAUGUGUGGUAUCUGCUGCGUGGUCAGUUUGACCACAACGCAUAAUCCACUGGAUACGCAUGUCCAUGAAAAUCUCAAGCACAGAGGGCCCAGCUCUAGCCAUGACAUUAUAGAAACAAUCUCAAACUGCAGUCUCCUUUUCUCUGCACAUGUGCUUCACAUGAGAGGAAGCCUGACACCUCAGCCUCUUCGAGAUGAGAAUGGAAACAUGC